AUGGCAUUUGCCACUUUGCCUAAUUUCAACAUCUUUGAGUCCACCAACGCCGCCAGAAAGGAAAUUAUAAAGGCAUUGGAGGACAAGAAGUUCAACUUUAUCGGAGUUUAUGGGAUGGGCGGGGUUGGAAAGACGACCUUGAUGCAAGCAAUGAUGAAGGAACUGAAAAACGAAAGGUUCUUUGAUCGGGUUGUGAUGGCCACUGUAUCUCAAAACCCUCUUUUGAAGAAUAUUCAAAAUGAAAUUGCAGAGAGCUGGGGGUUCAAAUUGAAAAACUAUAGUGAAUCAGAAAGUGUAGGACUCUUGUGGCGGCUAAUUCAACAAGAGAAACGAAUCCUCUUAAUCUUAGAUGAUGUAUGGGAGCCACUGAACUUAAAAGAUGUGGGAGUUCCUUAUGGAGACAAAGAGGGUUGCUGUGUUAUUAUCACGACAAGAUUCUCAGAUAUGUGUGACCAAAUGAACACCCAAUACAAAGUUGAAGUGAAGGUGUUAUCAGAAGCAAAUGCAUGGGAGCUAUUUAGAGUGAGCACAGGUGAUUGUGUGGACUCCUCCGAACUAAAUGCGGUGGCCAAGGAAAUUGCUAAAGAAUGUGGGGAUUUGCCACUAGCACUCGUUACACUUGGAAAUGCACUACAAAAUAAGGACCGAGCCAUAUGGAAUGUUGCACUUGACCAAAUGAAGAAGUCAAUGUUAUGGAGAAUUGAAGAUUUUAUUGUUUCUGAGGAUGAUUUACUUCCAUAUGUGUUGAGUGAGGAUAUAUUUGAAGAUAUUGACAACAUGGAAGAAGCAAGAAACAGAUUGCAUUCGGUGCUCGACACACUUGAACAGUCAUGCUUGUUGUUAAAUGUUGAUGGAAAAACACAAGUGUCAGGAUGCACGAUAUUAUUCGAGAGGUGGCCAUUUUGA